GCGGCAGACGGCAGCAUUGUUUUCGCGGAUAGUUCGUAUUGGUGCACGUUUUUUUGUCCGUUUUUGGGGCUUUUCCCUGACAAGUGAAAUUAUUGGUAAAGUUGACGGCAAUAUCUAUCGAGUGCCUUCCCAAGGCUGCCGUUAAACUAAAUGUGAUCGCACCAUAGUAUAUAAACAAAUCGAAACCAGAAACCUUAAUUGCAACUGAAACGAGCUCCAUAAAUAGAAUUCACCAAAAUGCAGUCAAUGAAAGCCGAUGAGUUGCCGCAAAAUCCGCGCGAGCGCUCAAAUCCGUUGUCAACGUUGAUGUUCUGCUUUGCCAUGCCCACAUUUUUUAAAGGCCGCAAGAAAACUCUCAAUGAAAAUGAUCUCUACCGUGCAUUGGAUGAACAUAAAUCGGAUUAUCUGGGCAGUCGUCUGAGUGCGGCCUGGGAGAACGAAUUGGAGCAGAAGCGGAAAAAGAAGAAGAAUCCCAGCCUGUUGCGCGCCUCGAUGAGCGUUUUCGGCUGGCGCUUUGCCUGGCUGGGAUUUGUGCUUUUUGUAGUGGAAAUUGGAUUCCGAGUCACACAACCGCUCUUUCUGGGCGGUCUCGUCUCCUACUAUGCGGACUCGAGCAACCAGAACGACGACAAUCAGACCAAGGCCUAUCUGUACGCCUUGGGCGUAAUUUUGUGCAGUGCCCUCAAUGUCCUCUUCAUGCACCCCUAUAUGAUGGGCAUACUCCACACGGGCAUGAAGAUGCGCAUUGCGAUGUGCAGCAUGAUUUAUCGGAAGGCGUUGCGUUUGAGUCGCACAGCAUUGGGGGAUACGACUAUCGGACAGGUUGUAAAUCUCAUAUCAAACGAUGUUGGACGCUUGGAUGUUUCCGUAAUUCAUAUGAAUUAUUUAUGGUUGGGACCACUCGAAAUUGGAAUUAUUACAUGGCUGAUGUACCGUGAGAUUGGCAUUGCGGCGUUCUUUGGAGUCGCUGUCAUGUUGCUCUUCAUACCACUACAGGCGUUUUUGGGAAAGAAGACAUCGGUGCUGCGCCUGCGCACCGCCCUGCGUACAGAUGAGCGCGUCCGAAUGAUGAAUGAGAUCAUUUCUGGUAUACAGGUUAUAAAGAUGUACGCCUGGGAGAUACCCUUCAGCAAAAUGAUUAAUUUUACGCGUCGCAAGGAAAUGAAUGCGAUCCGCCAUGUCAACUAUAUACGAGGCACACUUCAGAGUUUCAUAAUGUUUGUCACACGCAUCUCUGUGUUUGUCAGUCUCGUGGGUUUCGUGCUGCUCGGCCAGCUGCUGACAGCGGAGAGAGCUUUUGUGAUCACUGCCUACUAUAAUAUAUUGCGAAAUACGAUGACCAUCUACUUUCCCAUGGGCAUCUCACAAUUCGCGGAGCUGUUGGUCUCCAUUGGCCGCAUUCAGAAGUUCAUGUUGCAUGAGGAGACAAAGGUGCGCGAUAAGUCUCUGGAUGCUGAGAUCAAUAAUCAGAAACUGGGCAAGGGCGCUGGCUCUCUAGCCUUGGAACAACAGAAUCCCGGCAAUAAUGGCGUUCUGCAGCCCUCCAAUCCGAGCAGUCGUCGACAGAGUCAAGCGGAUCAUGGCAUACAUAUCAGCAAACUGAAGGCCAAAUGGGAUUCCAAGGCCACGGAAUACACUUUAGAUAAUAUUAAUUUGAAAUUUAAGCCCAGGCAGCUGGUGGCGGUUAUCGGACCAGUGGGUUCCGGCAAAUCCAGUCUCAUUCAAACAAUUCUAGGGGAACUGCCCGCCGAGUCCGGCUCGGUGAAAGUCAAUGGUACGUUCUCCUACGCCUCCCAGGAACCCUGGCUCUUCACAGGCACUGUGCGUCAAAACAUCUUAUUCGGGCUGCCCAUGGACAAGCAUCGUUAUCGGACAGUGAUCAAGAAGUGUGCCCUGGAACGUGACUUUGAACUCCUUCCCUAUGCCGAUAAGACUAUUGUGGGAGAGCGUGGAGCGUCUUUGUCGGGCGGACAAAAAGCUCGAAUUAGUUUGGCACGCGCUGUUUAUCGCAAGGCGGACAUCUACUUGCUAGACGAUCCCUUGAGUGCUGUGGAUACCCAUGUGGGUCGGCAUCUAUUCGAUCAGUGUAUGCGCGACUUUCUGCGUGAGGAAAUCGUGCUGCUAGUCACACAUCAACUGCAGUUCCUAGAGCAAGCAGAUCUCAUUGUCAUCAUGGAUAAGGGCAAGGUUAGUGCCAUGGGUACGUAUGAGUCGAUGUCCAAGAGCGGUUUGGACUUCGCCCAACUGCUGACCGAUCCCAGCAAGAAGGAUGAGGGCGGUGGCGAUGCAUCCAACAAGAAGAACCUGUCCCGCCAAAAUAGCAAAUUGCGUGAGCGUCAGAAUAGUGUGUCCUCCAUGGAAUCGGCCGCAGAAUCCCUGGCCAUGGAAUCACCCAUGCAGGUGCAGGAGUCACGUGAGGAGGGCAAGAUAAGCUUUGGCCUCUAUAAGAAGUACUUUGGCGCCCAGGGCAUAACGCUCUUCCUGAUCUUUGUGUUCUUCCUAAUUGGCGCGCAGGUGCUGGCCUCUGGUGGAGAUAUCUUUCUCUCCUACUGGGUCAACAAAUCCGGCGAUAGUGCUGCAGAGACGUUAAUGUCGCGCUUGCGCCGCGCUUUUAGAUCUCAGAUGCGAAUUAAUAGUGACACCGAUCCCAAGGAUAUUUACUACUUCACUGCCAUCAAUGUGUCUGUGAUUAUAUUUGCUUUGGUGCGUAGCUGGCUGUUCUUCUUUAUGGCCGGCCGAUCCUCCACAACACUGCAUAACUCCAUGUUCCAUGGUGUGACCCGUGCGGCGAUGCAUUUCUUCAAUGUGAAUCCUUCGGGCCGUAUAUUAAAUCGUUUCUCAAAGGAUUUGGGUCAGCUGGAUGAGAUACUGCCCUCGGUCAUGAUGGAUGUAAUGCAAAUCUUUCUGGCCCUUCUCGGCAUUGUUGUCGUUCUCUGCAUCGUUAAUCCCUGGUAUAUUCUCUUUACGGCUAUACUGGUUGUCAUUUUCUACUUCUUGCGCACCUUCUAUUUGAAAACGUCGCGUGAUGUCAAGCGCCUGGAGGCCAUAACCCGCUCACCCAUCUAUUCGCAUUUGGGCGCCUCCCUCACCGGACUCUCCACCAUACGUGCUUUUGGCGCACAGCGAGAACUCAUCGCGGAGUUCGACAACUAUCAGGACAUGCACAGUUCCGGCUAUUAUAUGUUUCUGGCCACCAGUCGCGCCUUCGGCUACUGGUUGGACUGUGUGUGUGUCAUCUAUAUAGCGAUGAUCACGCUGAGUUUCUUCCUCUUCUCGCCCGAAAACGGAGGCGAUGUGGGUCUGGCCAUCACCCAAGCCAUGGGCAUGACUGGCAUGGUCCAAUGGGGCAUGCGCCAAUCGGCCGAGCUAGAGAACACCAUGACGUCGGUAGAACGUGUCACAGAGUACGAGGAUCUGGAGCCCGAGGGCGAGUUUGAGUCGCGACCAGCGAAGAAGCCACCAAAGACCUGGCCCGAGCAAGGCAAGAUCGUGUUCGAUGAUCUCAGUCUGCGCUAUUUCCCAGAUCCCAAGGCCGACUAUGUGCUCAGAUCGCUGAAUAUUGACAUCAAGGAACGCGAAAAAGUUGGCAUUGUGGGACGUACGGGUGCUGGCAAAUCAUCGCUCAUCAAUGCCCUCUUCCGGCUGUCCUACAACGAGGGUUCCGUCAUCAUUGACAGCCGCAACACCAGCGAACUGGGUCUGCACGAUCUGCGCAGCAAAAUCUCGAUUAUACCUCAGGAACCAGUGCUCUUUUCCGGUACCAUGCGCUACAACCUCGACCCAUUCGACGAGUACUCCGAUAAUAAGCUCUGGGAGUCUCUGGAAGAGGUCAAGCUGAAGGAGGUGGUCGCCGAGCUGCACGGCGGUCUGCAAGCCAAAAUCUCCGAGGGUGGUACCAACUUCAGUGUCGGACAGCGCCAAUUGGUGUGCCUGGCACGCGCCAUUCUCCGUGAGAAUCGCAUUCUGGUGAUGGACGAGGCUACGGCGAACGUGGAUCCACAAACCGAUGCGUUAAUCCAAACCACAAUUCGAAAUAAAUUCAAGGACUGCACAGUGCUGACCAUCGCCCAUCGUUUGCACACCGUAAUGGACUCCGACAAGGUGUUGGUGAUGGACGCGGGUCGGGCGGUGGAAUUCGGUUCGCCAUUCGAACUGUUAACGGUGAGCGAGAAGAAAGUCUUUCAUGGCAUGGUUAAGCAAACCGGCGAUGCGACUUUCGAUGCGCUGCUCAAGGUGGCUCAGAAGGCACAUGAGGAUAAUUUGCGCGCCAAAAAGGAUUCUUGACAUUUCGCCGUUCCGAAGGCAUUCAAAGACUACAUACUCAAAAUACUGGAACCAAUCACAAACCACCCGGCGGCUAAUGCACGCAUUCAGAAGACCUUUCUCUUUGCCGAGGCAUCCAAACAGAAACUGUUGGGAUAACAUUAACGCAUGCGAAUGCUGUCCGACAGGCCGCACGCAGACCUCUAAUAGAAUCAAACAAAAGAAUUUUAUAUAUAUACAUAUAUAAAUGUACAAAUCAUACAAUUAAUGUUCAGAUUAGAAACUAAACUUAAAGAGAUGGACAAUAAGAAAGAGAGAGAGAGAGAGAUAGAGAGCGCGGUUUAAAGAAAAUCAAAUCAAUGCCAGUGCAUGGAAUGAAACCUGUUUUUUACCUGAAAAAAAGAAUUAUAAAUAAUAAUAUUGUGCAAUAAACUAAUUUUAGCUAAGCGCAUGUCUGGUCUUCAAAAGACCUAAUCGGCGCGGAUAUGUGUUCCAGUAAUGACAAUAAAAAUAUAAAAAAAAAACCUUGAAUGGAAGAAAAACUAUAAACUGUUACGCCUAGUAUUAACGUAUGUGUGUUUUUAUAGUAAUUUAUAUGAUAAUGUAUACAAUAAAUGUAACAUUUUAUUAAA